AUGAAUACUAAUAAUUCACAAGAACAAAACAAAGAUCUUGAAUUGUAUUUACGUUUAAGAUCAGACAUUAAAUCUGCUAUGAAGAAUAAAGAUCAAUUAAAAUUAAAUGUUGUCAAGUCAAUUCUUUCAGAUCUUACAUACGUUUCAAAAAAAGUGUCACAACCUUCUUCAUUAACAACAUCACCACCUACAAAUCAACAAAUCUAUAAAAUUAUAAACAAAUCUGUUAAAGCACAUAAUGAAUCUAUAGAAAAGUUUUCACAAGCACAAAGACUGGACUUAGUUCGCAAAGAACAAAUUGAAUUAGAAAUUUUAGAAUCCUAUUUGCCAAAAAAGAAAUUAUCUGAAGAAGAAAUUGAAUCAAAUAUCAUCAAAUUCAUCAAAGACAACAACUUAACAGGUAAUUCAACAAAUUUAGGCAAAAUAAUGAAAGAAAUCAAAUUUGGAGAUAGUCAUGAUGAGAUCUUGGUUGAUAAAAAAAUUGUAAUAACUGAAGUUGCUGAACACCUCACUCUGAGGAAAAAAAGAAGGAAUUCUGUGGAAUCAAUUGUGUCUGCACCAGGAACAAUCUUUGCACAUAAUGAAUCUAUAGAAAAGUUUUCACAAGCACAAAGACUGGACUUAGUUCGCAAAGAACAAAUUGAAUUAGAAAUUUUAGAAUCCUAUUUGCCAAAAAAGAAAUUAUCUGAAGAAGAAAUUGAAUCAAAUAUCAUCAAAUUCAUCAAAGACAACAACUUAACAGGUAAUUCAACAAAUUUAGGCAAAAUAAUGAAAGAAAUCAAAUUUGGAGAUAGUCAUGAUGAGAUCUUGGUUGAUAAAAAAAUUGUGUCUACUAUUGCUCUAAAAGUUUUAAAAAAUAUGAAUUAA